AUGACCAAAGCUCCAUACGCACACAAAUCCACCAUUUCGUUCCGAUUCCCAUCCUCGUCUGGGAGUCCAUCCCCUCCUCCCAUCCUACCAUCGUCGCCCGAUCUGGCGCAUCAAAACCAACCAGGGCCCUCCAAUCCUUACCUCGCCCUCCCACUGCCUGAAGACGAGAUCCCUGACCUCAACAAGCUGCCCUCUGAACAGCCACCCCCAUCCACCACACCUGCUCCUACCAUGUCAGGUCACCAUCGCAUCACCCUCGCCGCCAACCCCCCCUACUUUGAUGGGGACAAGUCCAAAUAUCUGGGCUUUGUGGACACAUGUACCACUUACAUUGGUGCCUACCAAUUGGAGUUUGUGCUGGACAAGACAAAAAUCCUCUUCGUCCUUUCCUACCUCCGUAAUGAAACCGGCACAAGCUGCGCCGCCUCGAGAUGGGCAAUGAACUGGAAGCAGCACAAUUUUGAUGGCUUCCAAGGACUGAAGGCAGGAGUCACCGCAACAAGCUUCUUGGAGGAGCUCCAGAGGGCCUUUGGGGAUUCUAACGCAGAACAAGUCGCUGCCGCCCGACUCAUGGCCCUUCGCCAGGGCAGACGGUCCUUCGCAGAUUAUAUCUCUGACUUCGAGAUGCUGGCUGCGGACGCGGGGUACAAUGUGGUCACCACCACUGACAGCAAGGGCGAAUACAAGAAGGGGGAUCAAGACAAUAUCCUCAUUGAGUUUCUUGAGCGCGGGCUCUGCAGCAAGAUUGCGAGUCGCCUUUACAACACCGGUGUUCCCCUGCCCAAGGCAUACGGCGCUUUCAAGAACUGGUGUGUCAACAUCAAGGCCAAUGCCUUGCGCGACCAGCUGCGUAAGGCAUCCUAUGCGCAUUCGACCCCGCGGCCCCCCCAGUUCCGCCCUCAGGCUGCGCCAGCGGCACCUACACCUGCUCCAACCCGACCAACAACCAAUGAACCGGUUCCAAUGGAGAUUGAUUGCACCCACGCCCGCGGCCGUAAUAUCAUCUGCUAUAAUUGUCAGCAACCCGGGCACAUUGCGCGGAACUGUCCAGAGCCCAAGAAGAAGUGCACAUUCUUCAAUCGGGCCACAAUGCUAGAAGAGAUCGAGAACGGGGACAAGGACAACGAGUUCCUCAAGGAGAUCGCCGAGAAGCUGCGCGAGAAGGGUUUUUGA